AUGAUUAUUUGUUAUAGAUGUGAUCAGUAUCGUUGGGCACAUUUGGGUGUAUAUGACAUAAAGUAUAAAGGAACUGAGCUUAAAAAGCGGUGUAAUGCUGUUGAUGAUGGUACAUGUGAUAGGAAGAAAGGGAAUAAAGCUUUUCAACGAUGGGAGUACUGGGGUUAUGAGGAUUUAUAUCUCAUCCAUUACACUGGGAAUCACAAAGUAUUUACACCAUUUAAACACAGAGGUGCAAAGAAUUCCAGGAGACCAUAUAUUCGAUCAGCUCCAUACGUAAAAGAAAAGGUGCAAGGCAGUAAUGCACUGAGUACUCCUAAAGCUGUUCAUGCAGAUAUUAUAAAUUCUGAUGCAGGUGGUCUGAGGCAUGCAGUAAAUACUCCUCGUGAUAUUAAACAAGUUAGAAAUUUCAAGGAUGCUAUUGGUAGGAAAUAUCGAAUGUCACAUGAUGCUCUGUACAAUAUGCAUGAGCUGCAUAGCCAGCUGAUUCAGGAACACAAUGGAGUGUCAAAAAGUUUUGUGAGUCACAUGUUGUCGAUACCCAGGAUUGUUGUUCAUUUGAUACCCCAUCUUCUGUUACACUCCCUUGAGACACUUUUGAAGGUUUCAUCAUCGCCAGUUACUCUGCAUUAUGGCACAGUAUUUAAUGUUGACGACUUCUAUUUAUCAACUGUUAGUUUUCGAAACCAUCUAUUUGAAAAGGAGCCAAUCAUUCCUUGUGGAUUUUUAUUGCAUAGUAGACGAUUGCAACAGGAUCACAGAAAUUUCAUCCAAGUGUUAACCAAGGAGCUUCCAGUAUUAAUAACUAAACGCCUUAACAUAGUGACAGAUCGGGAGUUCAAGUUCAGUGAUUUAUUUCCAUGUGGUACCCAUUUAUAUUGCUGGAAUCACAUCAGAAGAGACUUGCAAUGGCACCUCAAAAGCCGCUGCAAUUGCACAGCUGAUGAAAUCUGCUACUUUGUCAAUCUCUUUUGUAAGUUGCAGUUACUAGAAAGAGAAGAUGAAUUUGAUAAGCAGUGGAGUAUUACAAGAGAAAGUGCUCAGUUUAAAAAGAAGCCCAAAGUACUUGCAUACUUUGAUAAUCAUAUAAUACCACCAUUUAAAGUACAUGCUUCCAUUUGA